AUGGAAACUCGAUCGGUUCAACCAACUAAUGAUCCCGAUUAUCUGUUGCGACAAAGUAUAAUACACGAAGCGUGUGUGCAAUUCGAGAAAAAGUUUCAAUUUCAGUCGCUACCGGCUAACACGCCGCUACCGGCAUUAGACACAUUUUACCAAAGUGCUCCGUUCGUAGUGCCUACCUUACAGGAUCAAAAGCGACGGUUAAACGAAGUUAAAAAUCGCCUGAACGAUUUCGAAAUCAGUGACUGGCAUCAGCACACCCGCAAGCGAUCGUCCUUGCUGCCAAUUUUGAACGAGCUGCGAUAUCGCAUUCGUGCUGAAUUUGUAACACAAGCGUUUGCGAAACUGUACGAAUGUGUAUCUGCAUACGAUCUGAUAAGCACGGAACAGAAAGAACUUUACAGUGUGCACCUUUGCGAAGCUCCAGGAGCAUUUGUUACCGGUUUAAAUCACUAUAUUCGGCUGAAUUGCCCUUCGCGCACUCGAUGGAAUUGGUUCGCCUGUACGUUGAAUCCGUACUACGAGGGAAACUGCCCUGGCAACAUGAUACCGGAUGAUCGCUUCAUACUGCACACCCUCGAUUCUUGGUGCUUUGGGGCGGAUAAAACCGGAGACAUUAUGGUACAAGAAAAUCGAAACGCCAUCCUGAGGCGAAGGCAACGCUUUCCAAAGGUUGAUCUCGUGACAGCCGAUGGCUCAAUCGAUUGUUUAAACGUUCCCGAAGAGCAAGAAGAACGCGUCGCAAAGCUGCAUCUUGCGGAAACCGUUAUCGCCCUUGGACUGAUCAGUCCCGGUCAGCACUUUGUGCUUAAAAUGUUCACAUUGUUUGAACAUUCGAGCGUUAGUUUGCUGCUGUUAUUGCAUUACUGCUUCGAUGAAUUGCAUGUGUUUAAACCAUGCACCUCCAAGCCAGGUAAUUCGGAAGUGUACAUUGUGGCAAAAUAUUUCCGGAAACCGGUGGACAUUGAACAGUAUCUGGAUAAGAUCUACGAGAACUUGCAAAACGAAUCGCAUGCCAUGCUUGAUAUUUGCUCUGUGCCGCAAACUUUUCUUGAUCAGCUGUGCGCCUGUGCCACCAAAUUCGUGAACUGGCAAACGGACGUAAUAGAGAGCAACAUCCGCUACUACCGCAAUGCUGAUCCCCUGGAGGAUCGAAGACUGGACGUUUUCAAGCAAACCAUUAUAGACAUGUUUUUCGAACGAUAUCGCAUAACACCGAUACGCAACAACGAAAGAAUUGUCUGUGGUGUAAAAGUUUCCAAUGGAGCCAACAUCAAUCAGAAGGAAUCUCGCGGUACCUUUAACGAACGUAUCCAAUCCGCUGCCGUGGCCAGCUUAAAUGUCCCAGAAAGGAUACGAUCACUUCGCGAUCGUUUAGAUUACCUUACUCUUACGCGACAGCUGUUCCAACCGGAGGCAACAUUCAAUAGUACGCCCAAAAAAGAUGGCCCUGACAGUGGCAUGUCCACUGAUUUCGAGCUAGCCUUGGGUAAACCAAUCGAACGGGUAAAAAGUUCGAAAUUUUCCCUCAUAACCUAUAUUCGGUUGCUAAACGACACGAUAGAUUUAUGGCGGGAAACAGCAAAUCCUCAAAAUGCCUCCCACUCUAUGGAAGAUCCGGUAACCGUUACGGGAAACGUUAUCACUAUCGACAUAGCUGCCUAUCCUUUAAUAACUAAUUUCGCGCACCAUGAGAAAGAGCUUUUCCGUACGAUCGUGCGAACGCUUUUCCAUCUAAUACAGCAAAACAGCAUCACAUCGCCCCUAGAAUGUCCGUCCUCCCCAAGCAAUGCUCCAUUGGAGUUGAUCCUUGAAAAUUGGCUUCCUUUGACGCAGGUCAGCGUUGGCAUGCUCUACCUACUGAAACAGUACGUCUUAGAAUCGACUGAACUACUUUCACCGACUCGUAUUGCGCUUAGAGGACUUCGAAUAGGCGGGUUGAUGAACCUGGUCAUACUGCACGAAACAGUGCUAAAAGCGUACGCAAAGACUUCCAAUGAACUAGGUGCUUCCAAAUCGGUACUGACGAUAGUUCCGAUUAAGUCCUUAUUAAAAGGUGAUUUUCAGUAUGCAUUACUCAACUAUAACAACGCCUUGUGUUUGAUCUAUUGCGCUCGAUUACUGGACGCAUUGAAUUCUAGCGUUAUCAGCAAAGUUAUUUGA